GCCACUGAUGCAACUGCUCACUACCCUGCGGUUCUUCGGUACCGGUGCCUUCUACACCGUUGAAGGUGAUCUCCAUGAUGUCAGCGUCCCGUCCGUCUGUCGCAUCGUUCACCGGGUUGCCAACUCCCUCGCAAGAUUGACCGAUCGCCACAUACGAUUUCCUGUCGAUAUACAAGAUGUGAUGAAGACCAAGCAAGGGUUUUUCGACAAGGCAGGCUUUCCCGGGGUAGUUGGUGCGAUAGACUGCACCCACGUACGACUGUACGGAGCACCACUCGGUGAUGACGAGCCUCUGUAUGUAAACAGAAAAGGUUAUCACAGCAUUAAUGUUCAAGCUGUGUGCAAUGCGUCAUUUAAGAUGACGAAUGUCGCCGCACGAUGGCCAGGCAGCACCCACGACAGUGCGGUUUUGCACGGGAGCCUUCUCGGAGAAAUGUUCGAGAAUGGAAGACUCCAAGGAACGCUGAUAGGCGAUACCGGCUACGCCCUACGACCGUGGCUGAUGACACCUGUCGCUGAACCGACAACAAAUGCCGAGAGACGCUACAACAGGAGCCACAGAAGAACAAGAGUGACAAUUGAACAGGUUUUCGGUCAACUGAAACGCAAAUUUCCCUGUUUGUCACUCGGGCUCCGUGUCGCCCCCCGUAGAGCCUGUCAGAUCAUCAAGGCCUGUUGUGUGCUGCAUAACAUUGCCAAAGAAUUGAGGGAGCCGGAGAUAGAGGGAGAGCUGAGAGAGGAUGAGGGAAACGAUGACAUACCCUAUGAUGGGCACAUCCAAGAUGGUACGAUACAGAGGAACAGAAUAAUUAAUGCAUACUUUUGAAUACUUUUUAUCAAUCCCACUUGUUGUUUUACAAUUUAUCAAUCCCUCUAUGUUGCAUAAAUAUUUACAGGUUGUUGUUUCCAGUACCA